GGUCGUGUGGUGUUUGGAAAUCGUUUAUUACCAACAACAUUAUCUGUGAAUUUUGAAGAAGCACAUAUUAUUUAUACUACGAAGCCUGCUUCAUCAAGGCUUGAUCAGUAUACACACAUUACUAAAUGCAAGGCUGAAAAUUUUAAAGUAAUUUUAGCUCCAAGUCUAAAGUACACUGGUUUAAGCGAUGAGCCACCUCGAUAUAUGGGCGAAGGUUUUGUUGUUUUUCAAUCUAAUUUUGUAGAUCUGUACUACUACCAGGACGAAGCAGGUAUAGUUGCUGCUGAGCCAGAAAUGGUAGAACUGGCUGACGGAGACGUUGUUCAACAAUCAACUGCUCCUUUGUGGGGAUUAGACAUCAAGUGUGGAAAGGGUACAGAUUUUAGCUAUGGUCCCUGGGCUGAUCGCCAAAGAGAACACCUUUAUAAAUUUUUCUUCCCUCAGGAUUACCAGACAUUGAAUGUUACAAAACAAAGCAAUGUUGGAGAAAAAAGGCAAUGUGAAAGCUUUGAUAUUCGUCUCAGCACACUAUCAGAAGCAACAAUAGAUGUUUUAUUUUCUAAAGAAAAAGAGACAAAUGCUGUUCAUAUGAAUAUUGGUCAGGGAUCAUAUUUAGAAGUUACUAUACCAUGGCACAUAUCUGAGGAUGGGUAUCAUACCACGAUAAAUGGCCAACUUUUACACCUUGAAGCUUCUACAAGUUUGCAGUACAGAUCAUUCAUUGAAAGUGAAACUCUAGAGUUUGAUGUGAAAGUGAAAUAUCCAAGGAUAUGGAACGAUCAUCAAGUUUGGACUAGUAAUUUAACUGGAUGUAAAACUACAGUGCAUCUUAUUUAUGCCCACAAAUAUUUUUUCCAUGCAUUGAUGGAAGACUGGGCUUCCAAAUCUCGCCCUGACAUACUUCAUUUUGUGCCUUACACGUGGAACAUUAACUUGAUUUUAAAAGAGUUUGAAUUAGUAACUGUAGCGAAUGAAUAUAACUGGAUUGACUGUUCUUCACAACAUCAGGAAAAUACAUAUGUUGCUGUAUCUGGAGAUCAAUUUGAGCUUUCUUUUGAUUUACCUUUUAAUGAAUUCCUUCCUACAACAGUGGCUAUAAAGUUUUGGAUUCAGGGAGAAAGUUGUGAUAUGUCUCUUUAUCUUCCUGAAGUUAAUACUAAUAGAGACAUUUUAUUGAUGCUUGAGAAAUGUUCAAAAUUAACAUCUAGAGAAGGAUCUCCAGCACCUCAUGUUGUAAACUGCAAGAAAUGGAGAAAUAUGGCAAAAACAAGUGCUGGAUGGGUCGAUUGCUGGUCCGUGCCAAUUGUUGCAUUUAGUAUUAGUUACAUAUAUCACCCUGCACCUCCAUGUGGGCAGUCUGUUUUAGAUCUCAACAUUACUACACCAGAAAAGGAGGAAAUCUUGUUAUCACCAAUAAGGCCUAAUGGAUCCCAAAGUUGUAAGAAAAAAGCUUAUGGUGCAGCUCCAGAUUUUGAUCCUAUGUCUUUUCCUCCUGAUAUUGUUCACUUAGAACUAGAAAUUGGUCCAUCAGUUAUAAAGUUUUAUGGUUCUUUGCUUCGUGUCCUCAUUCAUCUUAAGGAAAAUUAUUUUGGAGAAUGCCAAAAAUUUUUUGAAUUUGAUGCUCCUAUUUUAACUCCAAAGUCACUGCAUUUGCAUAGUGUCAAGGAUAGUGAUAAUAAGGAAUUUGAUCCCCGAAUUUAUCGUCCUCUUGAAGUUACUGUUUCUGUAACAAUGCAUGAUAUUCAUGGACAUAUAAUGAAAGCUUGCAGUGAUAAUGACCCUCCUUGUCCAAGCUUGUAUUUGGAGAGACUUGCGUUUGAAGUUCAUAAGACGUAUGAAGAGACAGUUUUGCAAUUAUUGUUGUCACCUUUAAUUUUAAGUUCAGUUGACAAUGUAGAAAGACCGGAAUAUGAUUCUCAUUUGAAGGAUGGACACAUGAUUGUAUCUUCUCUUCAGGUUAGAGGUCAUGCAAUGUUUUCUGGUGUUGACAGACCAUAUGACAGUGAAACUUUAGAAUAUGCUUGGCUUGUAGAAGUUCUAGUGGGAGAUGUUACCGGAAGAUUAAGUGUGCCUCAGAUGUACCACAUUGUUACAGGGUUAGAGUUAUUUGCAUUUCAAGUUCAGCAGGCUGACUGUGAAUUUGAACCUCCCCAUGCUUUCAAAAUGUGUCAACAUGAUGUGCCUCAGUCAUUGUGCUCGCAUUCAACUGCACUUCUGUCUUGUCCAAGUCCAGAUGAUAUAAAAUAUAGAAUGACCAGGCUGUCUAUUGAUUCUUUGGAUAUUUGUGUUGUUGAAAGCUGUACUGCCCUUGAAAUACAGAUUUAUCCCUUGCGUUUGGCAACGUGUAAUCUUCAUGGAGGGGACAUAGUGUCUGGUUUAAGCAUACUUCUUCAACAUAUACAGUUCAAACAAUAUGCAAAAAUUAGUUCGAAUCUGGUAUGUUCAUCAGCAUACAGUAUAGUUAAUCAUGGUCAAAAUUUACAACAAAGUUCAACAGAGGUAUGGCUUGAAGUUGGAGGGUUUAGUUUUGGGCCUGUUCAUGUGGAUGCUGCAUCUUCACUUAUGAAUAAAGAUGAAGGUCUUCAGCAAGAGAAAUUUUUGAAAACUCAUGAUGCUAAGAAGAAAAAACUUUGGUUUCUAUGGCCCAGUAAUGUUUUGCCGGAGAGUCAUUUAGUCUGUGGCAAAUGUGGAUGUGUUGGAGGAUGUACUUUUUUUGGAAGUAAUAGAAAUGGAGUUCAUUUUUUUGCUGUAACAAAUCACUUUGAAGAUAUUGGACCAGUGUCAGCUAAGUGCCAUAUUAGUUCUGAAAAUUAUGUAGGUUAUGGUGAGAGUAUAUUGCAUAAAGGACAAUUUGUAUUUGAUAUUCCAGACAACCUCCAAGUACAUGGCUCUCAUUAUAGUCCAUGUCAUUCUGAAAAAUCAUUUAAUGCUACUGAAAAUACCAGUGCUCAUGCUAUCAAUAAAAUUCAUGAAAAUGCUGCAUUUAAAGUGUUAGAUAAUGAUUCUCUUUAUAUACCAAAAGGACAAGGUGCCUUCUCAGAGAGUUGUUUGGAUGAAAAAGUUACGUUUUUAUGUCAAAGCAAAUCACAUUUGGAAACUUGUACAGAAAAUAAGCAUACCUGUGAAACAAAUCUGCCUGUCUUUGUGAGGGAGCCAAGAGCUACUCAUGUUAUAAAAAGGCAAUUUAGUAGUCCAACUCACAUGUCAAUGCCAUCUAGUUCUUCUGUUUUGUCAUCUCUGCAAAUUUCUAUGGCCCAAUCGGCUCCUAUACCAGGAAAACAUGAAAGGAAGUUUCACAUGAAAAAUGAAGAAUGGAAAAAUGCCUUUGAUACUUGCAUUAGUCAUGCUUCGUUAAUCAGAGAAGGAAAUAUUAGUCCUGGAUUGCCUCAAAAUCGAUACAGCUCUCGGGUUUCACUCAACAUGGGCCUAAAUGGCAGAGGUGAAAAUAGUGGCUCUCGAAAUUCCCUGGCUAGCAUUGCUGCUCGAAGCUUUUCUCCCAGAUCAGUUAGAAGAGCUGCAUCCACAGAGUCAACUCAUUCAACUGAGAGUUUCUUCUCUGCUGAUGAAGAUGCCAUGUCAUCUGUGGAAACUACUGAUACUACCUCUGAUGAAACUCAGGUUGAGGAAGAAAAAAGACAUAUUUUGAAAAAUGGCACAAAUUCUGUUGAUAGAAAAGUUUCUACAGCUAGGAGAUCCCUUCAUGACAUAGAAGAAACUCCUUCACAGCAAUCAAGUGACAGUGAAUUGCACAUUACUACCUUACAACGAACACCAUCUUGUAGCAAUCAUCAUGAACCAUCAGAUACUAAUUCUAUUUCAAGCACAUCCUUUUUAUCUGCAAUGUCAUCUCAAGAAGAUAUAGCUUUAGUAGAUCUUCACAAUCAGAUGGAUAAACCAAUCAUUGAGUCUCCAUUAUUAAUGUCUUGUUAUAUGGCACAUUUGACACAGUUGCAAUGUAAAAAUUGGUUUCAACGUCCACCUUUACCACACUUAAUGCAUCCAUUAGAAGCAUAUCAUUCUGGGUCUUUUAAAGAAUUUACUUUUCACAAAGCUCAUUCGGUAUGGAAACCUAAAUUUUUGCCAUUAACAGAAGGUUUUACUUCAAUACACAUGGUAGACAAAAGUAAACUAGCUUGUUAUCAUCAAAAGUUUUGUCACAUGCAGAAAUCUAUUUCAACUCAUUCUGAUGAAGAGUUUCAACCAGGAUCCUUUCAUCAAGAUAUCAAAAAAGAUGAUUGUAUGACUGAUAAUUAUUGCAGUAAAAAUGCUUCCAAAAUAAUUUUAGUUAUCAAAUUAAGUGGUGAUGUCCAUUUUAUGAUAUCUCCUCUGCUAAUUGAAAGUUUCAGGAGCUUUAUUGAUACAAUAACUCCAACACUGGCUCAGCUUCAUCCACUAACAAUUGUAAAUCAUUUGCAUGUGAUGUGUUCACAUGAAGUUCAACAGAACAAUCAAUUGAAAAAGGAGAAAGUUUUACAGUUAAGUCAACUGCGUGCUCAAAUUUUAGAAAAGUAUAAGAAGAAAAACUUUAGUAUUUUGGACGGAAAUUCAAGUGAUAGUACUGACAAUCUGGGAAGUAAUUAUGAAGAAACUCGUACAAAACAUACUAGGGCAUUGAUUAAGAUAUCAAAAAUUAAUGUCAGUAUCAUGCAAGCUUCUAUUGUAGAAGAAGUAAUUGCAUUUUCUGCAUUGGAUAACUUAAAAGAUUUGACAUGUGUAUCAUUACUUUCAAUAUGUGUUGAUAACACCACAAUACAGUUAUCUCAUAGUUAUCAAGUAAAGAAAAAUGUUCAGACUUUUACUGAUUUUUGCAAUGGCAGUGUUGCUCAUUCGAAGGUAAAUGGACGUUCUAGCAAAAAGAUAAAAACUGAUUCUUUACCAACAGAGCUUCUGACUGUUGAGACAAGCGAAACGCAACAAGAAGAAACAAUGUUGUCGGCAUCAGUUUCAUGCAUUCACUGCCAACUUCGCAGACUGAAAAAUAACAGUAGCAUUUUGAAAGAAGCAAUGCUAACAGUUAUACCGUACCAUAGAAGUAAGGUUGAAUUCACUUUUGAAAAUCACCGGUUUCUAGGACGAUCAGUUGGGAAACAAAAUGAGAAACAAGACUUAUUUAUGGAUUCAGAAUGGAAUCAGUAUUUAGAUGAAGAAAAAAUGGGAUUUAUUAUGUUUGAAUGCGGUUUAGAAGAUAUUGGAUUAAAAUUCCUGAAACGCUGGGGAUAUGAUUCAUUAAAAACUAAUGAAUUCAAAAAGAGCUUAAAUUUGGAAACAGGAAACAAUUUGCCUAUGAGUAAAACGGAAAAUGGGAAAAACAUGUCAAAAAAAAGUUUUAUUUUGAGGGAUGUAACAUCUUCUAAGCAUGGUUUUAAAAGCCAUAAUCGUAAAGAUGCUUCAGAUGCAAAAGCAUCUUUCCCAUCCUGUGUGUCUGAAUGUGGUAGCUGUAGUAGCACUGAUAAAAGCAAAUCACAUGCUGAGUUGCAGAAUUUAAAAGGAGAUGCUGCUUCAUUUAUAAUUGAAUUGAAGACAGUGUGGUUUAACUUUGCAGCCCCACCUAGAACCCCUAAUACACGAAAAAUUGACUUUACAAGACUUGAUUGGCACCUUUUAAGUACUGCAACACCAUCUAUAAAUGCAUGGUUAAAGCCUAGUGACCGUCUCAUGGUAUCAAUUCGCAAAAUGGCCAAAGAAUCUCGGCACAGACUAGCUGCUGCAAUGGCAUGUUUAAUGGCUGAAGCAUUAGAAGUUCAAAGCAUACAUAUGCCCAUAAAGAGCAAAUACUUUUCUACAAAACUGUCACCUUUGGCCAAAACUCUUCAAGAAGAUCCAUCUUGUCAACUUCUCAUGGUGUUAAGAAGAUACCUGAAGCAAGUGGAGGUUGAAACUGCCGAAGAAAAUCUACAAAUUGAAUAUGUUCCUCAAACAGCAACUUUAUAUCGUGGACUUAUUGCCUUGAGCAGACAGUGGAAAAAUGUUUUGUACAUGCCCUUCCUUGUUGAACAAAACAUUAGGUUUCGCAAAAAUAUGAGACCUUUAAAUUUAUCCAUGUCUGCACCAAAAAUAGAUGCCAUGCUUUCUUGUCCUAUUGAAAAUGAUAAAUUAUCUGUUGAUGAAUGUGAAGUUACUGAUGAAACUACUAAUUUAUUGAUAGCAGAAGGAGGCUCUUUAACAGUUGGUCAAGGAAUGAAGUUAUUUACCUCUGCAAACUCUCCUCCACUGAAAUCUUAUUCCAGCCCAGAAUCAGGUUCACAUUCAAGUAGCAGUCAACAAGAAAUUACUGAAGAGGCUGUAAGUAGUGGCUCAGGAGCAUAUAAAAGCAAGAAAAAACUUCCAAGUUAUCCUCCUCGAACCUCAAGAGCUAGUGUAGCUUUUCCCCUUUUAGGGGGACCUCUUGAUUCUCCUGGACGUUAUGCUGGAGGCAUGAACGGCAAAAGCAAUGGUUUUGUUUUACAACAAUAUGGUGUGAAUACUGUUUCAAAAUUCAAAAGGAACGACAGUAGGGAAAGUUUGAAAUCUACUACUUGGAGUUUAUCUAGUAUAGAACCAAACCUGCAUUCAUCUACUUUUGGAACACCACAGAAAGAUUUUCUUAAUGGUGAUACAGAUCAAAUAGGAGAAGAUUUGUACAACUGGAUGGCAAGACAACAGGAUUAUAUUCGGAAAACAAAUAAUCAGAGAAGAAUUGAACAUACUCAGAUUGAUUCGAAAAAGAGUGCUUUUGCUAUUGAUAAUAUUUAUGAGUCUGAAAUACCAAAAUCAAUGACAGGUGUUGUUAACUUUGCUCCUUUAAGCAUUCAACUUGCAGAUGCUCAUGUAAUAUUCCAACCUCUUCUAAAUAGCAUAGGUGUACCUAACCAGUCCACUUCUGCUUCAUUUAGUAUAUUAUUUGGUCCUAAAAUAAGCGUUUCAUGUACUGUAGAGUUGUUGAAAAUUGAUAUUGUUGAAUCUGAAUACCAAAGCAAUGUGCGUCAAAAGAAAAAAACUAGCCGAAAACAAGCCAGUACUCAUGGAAAAUUCUUUAUUGAUACAAGCAUGGAUACUCCUACAUUUAUAUGUGAUAAAUUUUCUUUAGAAAUGGAACUUAGAGAAACAUACCAUGAAAAGCAUGAUAGCUUAAGCAAUGAUACUCUUCUUACUACUCCUCUUUUUCUUAUGUCCAAUAGCUCAAAGUAUUCAACUGUUAUAAAUUUCACAAUUGAUAUAAAUUUUGUAGCUCAACAAGUUAAUAUGCCAUUACUUCGCCUUUUGCAUCAGUUUUCAACUAUGUAUGAAAAUAUUAAAGAAACUAGGCUAGAACUGAAAGCAAAUAGACCAAACUCAUUUAAAGAGAGCAUGAAAAAUGAGAAAAAAGGUUUUUCACCAUCUGAAAGUCAAACAGGAAGUUACCAUCUCAAUUCUUCCAGACCACAAGAAACAAAAUUCAAUUCUCCAACUCCAACACCGACAAAAUCCUCUUCAGUUGGGGUUGCCAGUCUAGCUGCUGGAAUUCGUCGACCUCAUACACUCUCUCAACGAUUAAGAGCCAGUACUAAAGGUUAUACAAAUCUGCAAGAUCUUACUUCCAAGGAGGAACGGUCAUGUAGUCCCCUUAGUUUCACUUUAAGUGAAUCUGUCGCUAUUGAUAUUCCUGAUAAUGGCUCUGUUCCAGCUUCAGAACAUACACUUUUGGAGGGAAAAGAGUUGCAACCUCGUUGCUGGAGAACAAUGUUCUAUUUGUUGGAUCUUUAUGAUACUAUGCCAGAGCCAAAAACAGUCAAUGAAAGAUGCUCUACUGUACAUGUAUCUCGAGACAAAAAAACUGAUGUAUCAGAAGAAUAUAAGGGAAAUGGGAAAUAUGAACCUUUAAAAGAGUUGCAUACUGACAUUGAUGCAACCGAUAAUGUUACAAGUAAUGAGAAUGCAGCCAAAUCUGAAAAACCUAGCACACCUCAAUUACCAAAUGACCAUUUGAAAGGAUUGACUAAAGCUUUAAUUGUAAGGGAUUGGACCCCUUUGAUUGUGUUUGGAGUUGCUACAGUCCAUAAAACUCGGUUGUUGGCGAUGUUGAGUGGUUUAAAAUUAGAAGGAGAAUUGAAUGGUUUUCAUUCAAGUUUAACACACAAGGAAAAAGUUCGUGGGGCAACACGCAAGUGGACUGAAUCUUCUCUAGCAAGUCAACUAGGACAAGCAAUGGUAGUUGUUUUGGAAGGUGUUCCACCAAAUCAGCAGACUGUUGUUAAAAUGGUGGUGGGCAAGUCUCAGGCUCUUUAUUCGAGUCAGAAUAAAAAAGGAAAGGACCGAAAUUCUGCAUUGCUUACUAUAGGCCCCAUAAAUAUAGACAUACCACAACAUCCAGUUGUUCUCCAUGGUAUGAUGACAAGAAGUAGUCGCCAGUUAUCAACUACUCUGCAAGAACUGAGAGCUACACGUCAACCACUGAGACCCUGCCGGCAAAUUGAUGAGUAUAAUACUAUGCAAGUGUGUUCACCCCAGCCCCCUUGGGAUACACCUAUGCAAAAUCGGCUCUCAGUUGCUGGACAUGAUCUGAUAAAACCUAUCAUAAUUCAAUUCAGUAUCAUAUUGGAUAGUUUGACAAUUGGAGCUGCAGUGUUACCAUCUUUGAGAGCUCAAUACCAG